CAUAAUGAAUAAAGAAUCCAGUUCGACCGCAGUUAGUCGGUUUUACUCGGAACUCAUGACUACUUUUCUUAGAGAUCCUAAGUCUUGUAACAUCAUUGCAAAACCUCCUCAGGGAAGCCUGAUUGAAGCAGACCUGAAGAGUAUAUGUGAACAAUCAUUGAGAGAUGCGCUAUAUUCUAACGUAAAAAUGAAGAAUCUUGGAUUAUCCGGAUGUCUGGGAGUUAUCGAGGCCUCGAUCCAGCUUGUCAACUUGAACCAAUGCGCACACAAUUUACCUUUUGUCCUGCUAGAAGACAUGUUUGAAUGUAUAACAGUAUCUGAGUGUGAAAAUGCAUUCAGUUUUGUUGAAAUUAAGAUAGACACGUGGAGAAGCGAAAGUAUGUUAUCUGCUGGGAAGAACUAUUUACUACGAAUGUGCAACAAUCUGUUGCGACGGCUUUCGACAUUCAGAAAUACAGUUCUGUGUGGGCGAAUCCAGCUAUUCCUGGCACAACUUUUACCCCUGGACGAGAAAAGUGCUCUCAAUAUCAUGGGCGCAUUUAACUUGGAUAAUGUCACGAGUUUCGCGACGGACCCGGAAGUUAACGAGGAAACUUUCGCACAUAUCUUGAAUGACUCGACGAAUAAUGAUUCAAUGGACACUGACGCUUCAACAAAAGCUAAAGACCGUGCAAUUGACUACAAUCUCUACAAGAAGUUCUGGUCGCUUCAAGACUAUUUCCGAAACCCCAACCAGUGCUACGACAAACAGAAAUGGGCGGCAUUCACAACCAAUGCCUCAACUGUUCUGAAGAUAUUUGCACAGCAUAAGUUGGAAAAUGUGGCCAUGCGAACUGUGACGGGUGGACCAGACUCGGAUGAAGAAAACGUGUACUUCCCUAAAAAUCUCACCAGCGAGAAGCUGUUCGACCUGCAGUUGGGAGACGUGAACUUCAGGAGACAUGUGUUGGUUCAGAUGCUCGUUCUGUUCCAGUAUCUACUCAUGAAGGACGUCAAGUUCAAACCAGCCUCCUGCCAGUCUGCCCCUGAUGACAUGGUCUCUUGGGUCAACUCCAAUCAGGAAAAGGUCUACGCAUUGCUACAGGAAUCUCCGCCAAAUGGCGACUUACUUGUGAAGACAUUGAAACACAUUCUGAACAGAGAACAGAUCUGGAAUUCUUGGAAGAAUGCCGGAUGUCCAGCAUACGUGAAAGCGAAUGCGGAAAGGGAGAUCAUCACGGAGAGUCCGGCGGCUGGAACCACUACGAAAGCGAGAACUAGGAGGACAUAUAUCGGGGAUAGUUUCGCGGCUCUAAGAGAGGACGGGGCCCCACCCUCUAAAAAACUCAACCUGGGCAAUAAAGAGUUGACCAGUUUGUGGAAUAUAGAACCGGAUAAUCUGAAGGCCUGCAGAGCGGAGAAUAGACGCAUCUUCCCAGAGGUGAAGGACUUCUUCCGGGAGGCGGCGGAGCAGUUGGAGCCGGGGGCAGGCGUGGAGGAGGAGUACCUGUUGGUGUUGAAGCCCAACUACCAGUGGUGUGGGCUGAGACUUCUGGCCAGGAGGAGCACCCUCUUCUUCCAGCCCAACUCACAGUUCAAAACUGUGCCAGACUUCCUCAAAGCAAUGAUUGACAAAACCUUCAACGCCAAGCCAGCCGUGAAACCCGAAUCGACCAUUAUGAGUGUCGAUCGAACUUCAAUCGCAAACGGCUCGAUGACGCCUAACAGAACCACAGCAGAUAACGAAAAGACCAUAACUCAGGCCAAUGGUACUGAAGAAAUGGACGAUGGUGCCUCGGCAACUACUAAUAAUGAAGCGUCGGCUGGGGACAACUCGGCUCUAGUUGACGAGUGUCGUGCACCGAGCGACUCGGAAAUGACUGCGAUGGCGACGCACAUUCCCAAGAGCAAUCUGAAGGACUUGGCAGUUCAGCUGGACUUCAAGGACGAGGAAAUUGACGCUUUAGAAAAGGAUCCGGAUUCGUGGUGUGUGUCUAUGUUGAGACUGUGGGUUGAGAGGGAGGGCGAAGAGGCCUCGGUGUCCAAUCUGGUCCAGUCUCUUCUGGAUGUGGAGUUGCCACACAUCGUGUUCAGAGUAUACCCCAAACUGCUGCCCUCACAGUACCGGAAAAAGGCGAUGGAAAUUCUAGAAGAAACAGAGAAACCAGCGGAUGAAUCCGAUGAGCCCAUGGUUGUGUCCUAGGAACCCCCCAAAGGCCACACAUCUUUCAAAGUGCAACUCGCAAUUCUGUUUCAUGGCCCUUAUGUCAAAUGCGAAAUGUGCACAGGUUGCGCGUGCUUCGAAGUUGUUCCUCCCUUUCACUCACUUGGUUGGAGAAGUGUGUCUGUUUUGUUGGUGUCCUCAGUAAACAACUAUUUGUUGAUGUGAUUGAUCUCUCUCUUAUUACUGUUGUUAAAUAUUAUGACAAAUUUUGUUGCUCCUAGAAAUUCACUUUUGAUUGUA